UUUUGAGUGUGUGUUAUUUACAACGAUAUACUAUUUCCUGAACAACUUAACUAUGAAGAGACUUACCAAAACCAUAUAAACAUCAUGAUUGAGUUCCCAGCGAAAGUAUGUGACAAUUAAUUGAAAGAAACAACCAUGAUUUUGAAACUGCUGCUUCUCGUUUCUUUUAUGCUUUGCUCAGCGUUUUAUAUAGAUGAGCUAUCAAUGAAAGUGGUAGAGUUGAAAAUCAAAUUGUUGGAAGAUGAGAUAAGUGUUUUAAAACAAAAGGUCCGGAUCGAGAUCCCAGCACAGUUACAUUUUUUUGGAAAAGGACUUAAAGAGUCGGCCAUCCGUCGAAAAUAAUCGCACUGUGUAUAACGAAAGUGCUGGAAAUUGCGAUCAAUCUGUGAACAACAUACGAAAUGCUGAUGUCCUUCAUGAAAGAUUGACGAAAGCGUUUGAAGCUGAAAAAGUCAGGGCAAAGCAAGUUGAAAGUACGCUGAAGGAUUAUUUAGAAAAUGUGGAGAAAAUCAACGCAAACAAUAUGAAAAUCAACGGAUUAGAAUAUGACAUUUCUAAAUUAGAACAGUCGGAUACGAACCAAGGUCAAAUUCUUCAAACGUUGCAGCUGCGAUUAAAAGAAAUACACGACGUGGUCAUGUCAUUCGAUGCAUGGAAAGUAAACCAACUGGAUAUAAAUACGAACAUAACAAAGCUGAUCGCCGAUCUAUCAAAUACAAUUGUUGAAGCCAAAAGUUCUGUAGAACAACUAGAACGCAUGAAUAUAAAACAAUCAUACAAACCAUCUUUCAUCAGUAAGUGGUAUUUGAUGAAAGCGCUAGAUAAACAGCUCUCGCAUUUAACAAUUGAGCAUAGAUUAGGGGUUUUACCAUAUAAAGUUGAGGUUCAAAUUCGUCCUGUUUCAGGCCCCAACUCCGGCUGGGUGUUUAAAGGUGACAGCGCAAUCCGUAGUGAUGACGACUUGAAUAAAGAUUAUGGAGGAAUACUGUACUUCUACAACGAAGAAAAGGUCGAAUUAAUUGCGCCAGUGAAGGGCAAUCAAAAUCGAGACGUAGGUGUUAUUAUAAACACAGGAAAGGAAGAUGGAAGACGGUUGGGAAAUAACCACGACGCUGUGAAUCAGGCGUUUGUUCGUGUAAAAGUUUGGGCUCCUAUAGAUCUUCCUACUCCGGACUUUCAAUCAGAAUGGCUACCAUUGGAUAUUGAAGAUCCAGCAAAGACAUACCAAGAAAUUGAACACUCGUUAGGCGGGUUUCCUGCAUUACUUUCUGUCCAGAUUAAGUGCGAGUCCCCGAAGAGCUACCUUAUAUCCGACGGAAUGGGAGUAGCGACUAGCCACACUAGGGAAUGGGAUGCCAGUGGGGGCACAGUAUGGUCAUACAACGAGAAAAACGUGAGGGUGUGGAUCGGGCACGAUUUAAGAGAAAAUUACGACUAUAGGUUGUUUGGAAACGUAGAUGGGUGGUCGAAUAUAUUAAAUGGCUUUGACACAACGCAUGGAAAUGUCCGAGUACUGGCAUGGAAAAGAACAACAUUUGGUAAUGGAAAUCUUGAAUCUGUUUCGGAGGAUAAUGUUUUGUUUCCUGAGUGGCAACCGUUCAAAGCUAUUGACUAUGAACGCGAUUUAGUUUCGAUAUUUAUAGAAGCGAACGAAGGUCCGAAUAAGGGGUUUCGAUUUCCGGCAUUUGGAAGUUCACAAGCUCAGACCUCUUCACUUGGCGGCGUCGUGUUCGCCUUUAAACAGACUGGAGAGCUUAGACUGUGGCGACCUAACCCAGAUAUGGAUGGAUUCCUUGUCUACGUUCCACAUCUCUACGGAAACGGUGUGCAUAACCAAGCCACGAACAAUGCUUCUUAUGUUGCUGUUUUGUUGAAAGGAUGAAAGCACACAGUGCAAAAUAUAUUAAGACAGCUUUAACGCAUGUUAAUUUCUUACUUAUUAAAUAGACCGCACAUUGAGAUAAAUUAUAUGUGACGGAAAAUGAUUUAAUUUGCUUUUCUAUAUCUAAAUAUCAAGUAAAAAGGGAAUGGCAAAGAAAGUUUUCCUGAAUUGAUGAAUUGUAUGAUCAGUUUGAUUCAUGUAUGUAUUAAACUCGUUUGUGUUUUUUCUACAGUAAUUCAAAUAUACUUCAAUGAUUAUCCAUGUAACAGUACUCAUGUUAAGAUGGAAGUAUUUAUUUGUUGAAAUUCUAUAAAGUUUCGGUUGUUUUA